AUUUUCAUCCCUUAUUGUCAGUUUUAGUUCUCUCUCCAUCUCUUGGUUCAUUUUAUCUGACUGUGUCUUGAUCUGAGUAGUGAGGCUGUUCUCAUCUUUGGAGCGUGAGGCGAUAUAAGUUUUAUAGAGGAAUCAUUGGACUGUUGAAAUACUGUUUUUUAUCUGGUGUGAAACUAUUCUUGGUACAGUCGAUAUAAAGAAACUGAAUGCUUCAGAGUCCCUCAAUCAUAUGAACACAUACGUAUAGGAGAUGCAUGCUAACUACUUAUAACCUUAAUGGAAUAAUGGAUCAGUGAUGAAUGUUGAGGCAACCGUCAACAAACAAAUCGUCUUCAGCCAGCCAACCAAACACAGACAAGCACAUAAAUUCUCAUCAGGUCUGAAAAUGGGUGCCGAAGGAUGAACGAACGCACGUUUGAAGAAGGGUUGGAAUGCAACGGGAUGUGGUGUAGACUUGGAAGGAACAACCAAGAAUUCAUGUCAUUGCACCAAUGUCCAGGUUGUUCUGUUUUGAGAUGUUUCAAUGAGCUUUAGCUUGGAGACUCAAGAACUUUGCUUUGUCAUUGCUUUACACCAAUGAGAUCAAUUGUUGCAGGAGACGAUGCCAUAGGUAGCAAUGUGAUGGUCUGUAUCAACAACGUGAGUGGAGGGACUGUUUCCCAGACCUUGGAGAAGUAACUUUUGAGCCCUGACCUCAUAAAAAUUGUUUGAUUCUGGAGAACUUUGUGGAUUAUACUGAAACAGUUGGUGUUUUGAACCGGGUUGGAGGACAUCAGAAGGGCGUAGCUUGGCUUGGGAAGGUUCAGCUGCUUGUCACCAGUGGGCAACCAGUAGAAGAAGGUAUAUGUAUGCAGACAACCUCUGAGAGUGAAGGUAGAGAGGAGUAAGCCUUAUAAAAUGUCGGGUUGUGACAAGUAUCUUGACUAUGUGGAGUUGAGUAUGAAAUGUAGAGUGUGCGGAGAUAAAGCUUCAGGGUUUCAUUAUGGUGUGCAUUCAUGUGAAGGAUGUAAAGGUUUCUUCAGAAGAACACAUAGAAUGAAGUUAGUGUAUAAACCAUGUCCAUUCGUCAAAACAGAACCUUGCAAGAUCAACAUAGCAACAAGAAACAAGUGUCAAUAUUGUCGCUUUCAAAAAUGUAUGCAGGUUGGGAUGUCACAUGAUGCCUCCAGGUUUGGUCGCAUGCCGAGGGAGGAGAGGCUGCGGCUCCUGGAGGAGCUGAAGGACGAGGAGACGGAGGCGACGGAGGAGGAGAAACACAGGGCUGAAAUCAGAGAGCUAACAGACAGGAUACACAGUAUAUAUAUUAAUAUGUGGAUGGGACAGUUCAUCUCUAUGCCGGUGGGAGCCAGAGCAUCCCGAAGCAAAGAACACAACAGUAAAAAUGAAGACCAAAAAUCUAUGAAGGAACUCACAGAGAAAGAGGCCCUCACAAAAUUCUGCAGAGGGGCAUUAUUAGCGAUCAUAGAAAGUUUGGCGAAGUUUGCAAAGAAACUCCAGGAAUUCAAGAAUCUCGAUUUAAAUGAUCAGGUCUGUCUUCUGAAGCAUGCUGCCUUUGAAGUAGCCAUGAUCGCGACGUCAUCAAGGUACGCAUCAGAUGGGCUUUGGUUCCCCACAGAUGGCGUCUACUUCACCAAGAAGAUGUUGGAGCAGCUAGAAAUCUCCUUCUUUGACGGCAAGUUCAAGUUCUUUGAGAAAAUGAAGAAGCUGAACCUGACGGAUAGAGAGCUGGCACUCUUUUGUGUCCUGUCAUUAACAUCACCUGAUCGGGAUGAAUUAAUAGAACGUGACGAGGUGGAGAAGUUCCAGGAACAGGUCUUAGAGGCGAUCCAGAUGGAACUAAGAACCAAUCACAGUAACCACAGGAUACUCCUACCCAGACUCUUAUCCCUUCUUGUAGACCUCAGGCAACUAGUCCUGGACCAUAUCAAGCAGGUCCAACAACUCAUGCUGAUGGACGAUCCUUCUUAUUCAGGUCCUCCACCGCUUAUCAAGGAAAUAUUUGGACUUUAUUGAUUUUUGCUUUGGGUGCUCACAAUUUGAACUUCUCUAACAUAGACUACCUGAUAGUACUUUGAUAGUACUUUAAUAGUACUCAGGCAACAUGACAACUGUGAUGCCUAACGCUUGUGCUAAAUACAAACUUGAACUAUUUGAUAGAACUAUGAUGGUAUGUGCUAGAUGUCUACUUUCAGCUUGGACUACUUGAUGUGGGAGUAUCUUGGUGUAGUGGUUCUGACUCUCGCCAUGUAAUCAGAGGGCUAUGUGUUUGAAUCCCACUGCAUCCUAGAGUCCUGUGGCAAGGCGUUGGUCCACAAUUUUCAACUCUCCACCCAGGUGUUACCUGGGUACCAUGUAGUAUGUCUAGCAAUUUCCUGGGACUACCUGAUAGUACUAUGAUAGUGAUAUUCGUGACAAGUAAUGUGACGUCUACAUCCUUGUGCUAGAUGUGUUCCUUAAAUACGAACUACCAGUUGUUCUACCAUAGGUCACAUGACUUCUAAAACCUGUGCUAGAUGUACGUUCAAUUUGCACCAAGUGAUGGUACUUUAAUAGUACUAUAUCUAACAGACCACUUGUGAUAGAAAUGUCCUUUCAACUUCAAGUACGUGAUAGUACUAUGAUAGCACCACAACAGGCCACAUGGCAACUUAUAUGUAGUCUACAAACUGUGCUUGAUGUGUCCUUUUAACCUGAACUACCUGAUAAUACUAUAAUGGUACGGUAUCAAACCAUAUGUCAACUCAUUCGAUAUCCAAGGCCUGUGCAUGAUGUCUACUCUCGACUGUACUCUCAAGUUCUCAACUACCUGAUAGUAUUGUGAUAACCAUAACAACUCUUGUGAUGUCUUACAUAAUGUACAUGUAUGUGAUAGUACUAUGAUAUGCAACGUGAUGUCUGUAGCAUGUGCUAGAUGUGAAUUUUCAACUUGGAAUACAUGAUAGUACUAUUCAUGACAACUCAUGAUAGUACUAUUCAUGACAACUCAUGAUAGUACUAUUCAUGACAACUCAUGGAACAUCUAAAGCCCAUGCUGGAUAUGUUCUUUCAGUUCACACUGCGUGAUGUAAUACUCAUAGUACACAACAUGACAAUGAUGUGUCAUCUGCUUUUAUAGUCCUCGAUAGAAACUGUACUAAACCAGCCCAUCUAAUCACCUGGUUUCAACAGCCUUUACUGGAUGUGUACUAAUAAAUCUUGUAUAUAUCUGUUCUGUAUGAAGACCUCAUCUUGGUUUUAUAUCAUUAGCAUGGUGCUAGAGCAUGCAGCUCUGUUCUUUCAACUGGACUGUAUUUUAUCCUCUCUCCGGAUCGUCAUCCCUGUAGAUAAAUACAGACAGUUCAUGAAGUCUCUCCAAGACCAUGACCCGUCUGAUAGUGGAUAAAGCAAGAUCUACAUGUAUUUAUCUUUUUGUCAAGUAGACUAUGUUGCCCCCUGCAAUCAACAUUGCCAUUGGCACAGGGCUUUUAGCGAUCAAUCAUAUGGACCUGUAUUCUGAACCCAAAUUUAACUUAGACCAUGGUCUAACUCUAUUCUGGAAUUAUCGGAAGCCAAACAUGUCAAAAUUUGUUCACAUGGUAUGUUCUGUUUACUGUGCUCUAUCCUAAUUCUUUAGUAAGUGAAGAUACUUAUCUUUUUUAUCCUUCCCAGACAGUUAAGAAUGAUUUGAGAGUCAAAAGAGCUGAACGUCUACUGUCAGAGAUUUAUGUCACGUUUGGCUAUCCAUAGUUAUACCACUGACUUAUAGACCAGAGUUUAAAUCAAACCUGACUUCAGAAUACGGGCUAUAGUCUAUUUAUGUGCUUGAUUGUUCAUAAGAAUAAUCAUGGUAAUAAAGUGUAAAAUUCAGCCCUGGUGGGUGUCUCAUAAAAUUGUUCAUAAAGUUACAAUUUACUUUACACACGUCUGGUACAUGUUCUUAGGUGCCAUGUCUGCUACAUAGGGAUAUAUCAUUUGGCACAAGAAAGGGUCACCAGUCAUGCGUAAUGUCAAUUGUAUUUUACCAAAAGUUUUAUGAAACACCCGCCUGUAAUCAAGAACUAAAUCUUUGUGUUACAAAGUCUGGAUUAUGCAUUUACAGUGUGAUGGAAAUGUGAGCAUGAUUUAAUAUCAAGGGUUGAGGACAGGAAAUUUAUUUGUGAAAAUUUCCAUUUACAAAAUAUGUCAUGGGAGUGUUUCAUGAUAAUAUGUCCAAAUGUGGCUUCAAGUUAUUCUUAGUGCUGACAUGAACAUGCUUAUUUAAUAGUAUACAAACAAGGCAUGCACAUGAGUUCAUGAUGCAAUCUAUCCUUACUUGAGUUUAGCCUCUAUUCAAUCCAUGGGUUGAAAACAGCCUCAACAAGAUAGGAUAGGUCGCAUAGGCUGCAAUUUUCUAU